GUAAGCUUCCAAGUCCCAGUGCACACCAACGGCAAGCUCGAGAGCGGCGACUCUCGCGCAGUGCCUGACGUUUCACUUCUACCCACGCGACCGCGAGCAAUCCCCGAGCUAGACACCCAUAAUCGACAUUGCGCAACAUGCGACCAUCGACGAUCGCCAUCUGAACCUCUCUCAUUGAGACCUUUGCCCCAAUCUCAUUCCGAACCGAGCUGCUCCAAGCAGACGAUUGCGAUUGCGAUUGCGAUUGCGAUUGCGAUUCCAGAGAUCGAUUGAGCCAUGGCGCCCUCCGCAACGGGGGAUUCGGUCAGCAGCCGAAGGGAGGCUUGGAAGAACCUGCCCCCGCCGACAUUGUAUCCGGUCAAAGAAGCCAGGUUUGAGAAAUACCUUCCGCCACAAAUAGACGGCAGGGAACGCGCUCUGGCGCAGCCAGAAGGACAGGCUGCGAUUGUCAUUGACAAUGGCUCCUCAACUGUUCGCGCAGGCUGGUCGUUCGAGACCAAGCCUCGACUCGCAAUACCCCCCAUCAUGUCCAAAUACCGAGACCGCAAGGCGGGCAAGACCUUUUCCUUCGCCGGCCACGACUGCUACGCCGACACUGCCGCGCGAGGACACAUCAGAAACGCCUUCGAGGCCGGCACGGGCAUCGUGAGCAACUGGGACGUCAUGGAGCACGUCCUCGACCACGUCUUCAUCAAGCUCGGCAUGAAUGGUGUCGAGGGGGGCAUCGACAUGCCCAUCGUCAUGACGGAAGCCGUCGCCAAUCUUCCAUACUCGCGAAAGACAAUGAGCGAGAUGCUAUUUGAGUGCUACAACGCACCCAGCGUCGUCUACGGAAUCGACUCGUUAUUCUCAUAUCGCCACAACCAAGGCAGGACCGGCCUCGUGAUCUCCUCAUCAUACAGCGCGACACAUGUGAUCCCUGUCUACAACCAAAAGCCCAUGCUCAACCAGGCGAUACGGCUCAACUGGGGCGGCUGGCACGCCGCCGAAUAUCUACAGAAGCUCGUCAGGCUCAAGUACUACACCGGGUUCCCCGGAAAGAUCAACUCUUCACAGGCCGAACACAUGGUUCGCGACUUCUGCUACGUAUCACUAGACUACGACCAAGAACUGGCGCACUACUUGGACUGGACCGGGCUCGAGGACAGGGAGCGCAUCAUUCAAUACCCUUAUACGGAGGAGGUGGUUGUGCAAAAGACGGAAGAGGAGCUGGCCCGGAUCGCCGAGAGGAAGAAGGAGAGCGGCCGGAGGCUCCAGGAGCAGGCCGCCAAGAUGCGCCUCGAGAGGUUGAUGAAGAAGGAGCAGGAGCUCGAAUACUACAAGGACGUCCAGCGUCGGAUCGCCGAGCAGACCAAGAAGGAGGCCAGGCGGCUGCUGGACGAGGCCGAGGUCAAGGACGAGGCCGCGCUGGAGCGGGUGAUCCGAGAUCUCGAGAAAUCCAUCAGGAAAGCGCGGACAAAGGACCUCGGCGAGCCGGAGGAGGAAGAAGCGCCCGACUUCAGCCUCCUCGACGUGCCCGACGACCAGCUCGACGAGGCCGGGCUGAAGCAGAAGCGCCAGCAGCGCCUCCUCAAGUCGAACCACGAAGCCCGGGCCCGCGCCAAGGCCGAGAAGGAGGCCGAGAAGGCCCGGAUCGCCGAGGCGGCGAGGCUCGACGAGGAGCGCCGCGUCAGCGACCUCGAGGGCUGGCUCGAGGAGAAGCGCCAGGCGCGCCUCGCCAAGCUCGCCCAGAUCAAGGAGCGCGAGCGGCUCAAGGCCGACCUCGGCAACCGCAAGUCGCUCGCCAGCCAGAUCCGCAUGAAGAACAUUGCCAACCUGGCCUCGGACGCGCCGGCCGGCGCCUCGGGCGGGCGCAAGCGCCGCCGCGGGGGCGACGACGACGACUUCGGCGCCGACGACGCCGACUGGGGCGUGUACCGCAGCGUCGCCAUCGGCGCCAACCGGGGCGACAGCGACGACGAGGACGGCGAGGGCGGCGACGAGGACCUCGAGGCCGCCGUGCGCGCCAUCGAGGCCGACCUGCUCAAGUACGACAAGACGUUCGACUACGACCAGACGCUCGACGCGCAAAAGGACUGGUCCAAGUCGCUCCUGCACGCCUUCCGCUACGGGCCCCGCCCCUUCGACCCCUCCUCCCCGGCCGAGACGCACCGGCUGCACCUCAACGUCGAGCGCAUCCGCGUCCCCGAGGUCCUCUUCCAGCCGGCCGCCAUCGCCGGCGUCGACCAGGCCGGCAUCGUCGAGAUCGCCGGCGACAUCCUCACCCAGCGCCUCCCCGCCAUCGCCGGCCUCGACCGCGACCACUUCCUCCGCGACGUCUUCCUCACCGGCGGCAACACCCUCUUCGAGAACUUUGACGAGCGCCUCCGCCGCGGCCUCACCGCCCUCCUGCCCGCCGGCGCACCCCUCGUCAUCCGCAGGGCCGCCGACGCCACCCUCGACGCCUGGAAGGGCGCCGCCGGCUGGGCCUGCACCGACGACGCCAAGAGGGCGAGGGUCACCAAGGAGGAGUGGCUCGAGAAGGGGCCCGAGUAUUUCAAGGAACAUGAUCUAGGGAACGCCUUUGCUUGAAGAAGAAACAACAAGCUACCUAGGCAGGAAGAAUUGACGAUGGUUGUCCGACGUUAGGCGUUGGGGGGGGAUCCACGUCCCAUGGGUUCUGCGGUGUGGUUCAUAGUUCCGGUCGUAACUAGGUAUGCACCUACCUACCAGACACUUCUAGUAUAAACAGAUGCACUUGGGAAUACGGGGGAGUUUUUAAAAGGAAUGGCUGGAUUGGGAACGGUGAAAAUGUUCGUCUGGCUUCGAGUGCUGCCACGUCUUCAAUACAAGCCAACAAAUACACCUUGCUGAUGAAUCUAAAAAAUAUUCCAACACCGUCGCGGUCU